AUGGCUGUGGCCGCGGCUCCGUCUCUCGCCCUUCCCCCACCUCCGCGCUCCACCAAAGAAUCCCAACGCGCACCCCGCCAUGCGCCGCGGGACGUUGUCUCCUGGACGUCCACCAUCGCGCGCGCGGCGCGACAGGGUGACCUGCAUGCGGCGGCUGCGUCUCUCUGCGCUAUGCUCUCCUCCCCCGCUGCGCCGGCUCCGAACGACGUCACGCUGCUUACCGUCCUCUCCGCCUGCGCCGGCUCCCCAUCCUCGCCACUAGCCCGCCCCCUCGCCCUCACCCUCCACGCCCGCGCGCUCAAGCUAUUCCCCUCCCACCUCCUCCUCUGCACCUGCCUCGAGCGGUUCUACCUCGCGUCCCGCCUCCCGCACCUCGCGCUCCAGCUGUUCGACACAAUGCCUGUCCGCUCCGUCGUCACCUACAACACUAUGAUCUCCGGGCUUAUGCGGAACGGCCUCGUGGACGCGGCGUUCGAGGUGUUCGACGGGAUGCCCGGCCCGGACAAGGUCUCAUGGACGGCGCUCAUCGACGGGUUCGUCAAGAACGGGCGCCAUGACGAGGCCAUCGACUGCUUCCGCGCCAUGCUGCUGGACGGCGUCAAGCCAGACUACAUCACGUUGAUGGCCGUCGUAUCUGCAUGCGCGGAGGUAGGCGCGCUCGGGCUCGGGAUGUGGGUGCACCGGCUCGUGCUCAGGCAGGGAUUGGAGCGCAAUGUCCGCGUUGCCAACUCGCUGAUCGACAUGUACGCGCGGUGCGGACAGGUGAACCUCGCAGCGCAGGUGUUCCGCUCCAUUAGGAAGCGGACGGUGGUCUCCUGGAACUCGAUGAUCGUCGGGUUCGCAGCCAAUGGCCGAUGCACGGACGCGAUCGAGCUCUUCGAGGAGAUGCGGAGGCAGGGGUUCAAGCCGGACGCGGUGACGCUCACCGGCGUCCUCACGGCUUGCAGCCAUGCCGGUCUCACUGAGCACGGCCUGAGGUACUACGACCUCAUGACGACAGAGUACGGUGUCGCUGCGCGGAUGGAGCACUACGGGUGCGUGGUCGACCUGCUCGGCCGUGCCGGGCAAUUGGACGAGGCGAUGCACGUGGUGGAGACGAUGCCGAUGCGACCCAACGAGGUGGUGCUCGGGGCACUCCUCGCGGGCUGCCGGAUGCACGGCGACCUGGACAUGGCCGAGCAGCUGAUGCAGCACCUCUUCGAGCUAGACCCCGGGGGCGACGCCAACUACGUGCUGCUUUCCAACAUCUACGCGGCCGUCGGGAAGUGGGACGGCGCGGGGAAGGUCCGAAGCCUGAUGAAAGCGCGCGGGGUGAAGAAACGGCCGGGGCACAGCACCGUGGAGAUCGAUGGCGAUGUGCACGAGUUCGUGUCGAGCGAUCGGUCCCAUCUGCAGGCCGAGGAGAUCGGCCAGAUGCUUGGGCUACUGAGGCACGAGAUGGCAAUGUAUGUUUGUGAUGAUCAUGGAAGCAGCAGCUUGGAUGGGGAUUGA